AAACACCAUAUUCAGCUGCCACAGGCUUGCUUGUUAGGAACAAAUCCUGUGACGGCAAACGGGAUACGCCUGUGUGCGACGGCAAACGGGAUACGCCUGUGUGCGAGGUUGCCACUUUCUUUCCUGUAUCUGACUCUUGACAGCAUAACACCGCCUACGAAGCUCUAUCAAGCAUAUGUUCUUCCUUUCCUCCUUCUGUCGGCGCUCAAGUAGUUUCGUAGACACCACCAUUAUCAAUCUGUCACCAAUGCUUAGUUGCACGCCAGGACUGGCACGGUCAACAGCAAGGCAGGGGUCAUUGCCCAGGUCUUGUUGCCAGCUGUUGGCUUCUCGACCGACUGCUGCAACGUUACUUGGACAACGUUUGCCGUCGGCAGUUGUGGAAUGGAACACCCCUCAUAAGGGCACCGGCGUCUCACGGGUAACGCGAGGUGGUCCUUUCCUUGCUAUGUGUUGCUUGGCCCACGGGGCUCUGGGGGCACAUGCUGUGGACAGCUGGAAACUGAGUAGUCCUACUAGCCUUCAGCUUGCCGCUGGCGCCUUCAUGCUGCCACACCCGGAUAAGGCGCUAAAGGGCGGCGAGGACUGGUACUUCAUUGCUAACAACAGUCGUGCAGUGGGCGUGGCGGAUGGCGUCGGCGGCUGGGCCGAGGUGGGCGUGGACGCGGGUGCCUAUGCACGCCAGCUCAUGAGCCACGCCGCGGAGGUGGCGGACCAAACGACUGCCGCCUCUACCAGCAGCAGCGGGCAGCAGCCGAAGCUGUCAGCGCAGGACAUCCUUGAACGCGCCUACGCUCUCACCACCGUCCGCGGCUCCUCAACCGCCUGCGUGGCGGUCCUCAACGGAGAUAGCCUGGCCGUGUCCAACAUUGGGGACUCCGGACUUCUCAUACUGCGCGGUGGUUCCGUGGCCUUUCAUACUCCGCAACAGCAACACGGAUUCAACUUUCCGUUCCAGAUCGGCUCGGCUGACUCCAUGUCGGAUCACCCUUCAACCGCCCAACGCUUUGAGGUCUCUGUCCAGCCGGGCGACCUGAUCGUGCUGGGCACAGACGGGCUGUGGGACAAUUGCUUCGAUGAGGAGGUGGCGUCCGUGCUCAAGUACUGCUGCGAGCAGCGCAUGGAAGUCGGCAAGAUGGCGCAGGUGCUUGCGCAUUACGCGCGGCACCGGGCCUCCGAUUCCAAGUUCGCAUCACCUUUUGCAUACGCAGCCUUCACGGCCGGCUACGCAUACAUGGGCGGCAAGAUGGACGACAUCACCGCUGUUAUAUGCAUCGUGCAGCAUCCGGCGAAAAUCUGACUUCUAACACACAGGCUGACAAGAUAGUUCGCUGACUGUGGCUUUGCAGGGUUGUCUACUUCGUUUGGGUCAUAGCAUUGUUUUCAGCUUUUAGAGGCAAAUACAUACAUGCGCAAUGACUGUGCUGCCACGUUGUGUUAAUGUGGUUGGAGCAUCGUUGAUGUUCGUUUCCUCAAUAGGGCCUGCUAUGGAUUCACGUGCUUCUUGUUAGUUUGGUUAUGGUCGUUAUGCCUGGCGUAGCCAUGGUGUGUGUUAAGGGGUUAAUGAUUUGGAGGGUGAUAUAGCCCUUGUACACCAGUACACUGUGUCCACCACUUAGUGAGGAAGGGCAAGUGUUUAUCACCGUCCUCUUUAGUUAGGGUUGGCUCGCCCCGAUAGGGGCGUAGCCUUAGAAUUCGGUAAAAGUUGGCCAGACCAAUGCAUUUUGUCCUUUUUGUACCGGGUCUAUGCCCUAUGUCUGUACUGCUGUACCUCGUGUAUGUACCUGCACCGAGGUCGCAAACAGCGGCAAAGUAGAAUGAAACAACAAGCGAAUGACAAGGGGGUUCAGCUUCCUCAAAGCUGGAAAAGGGCGGAGCCCCUCCUAUUGAGUACAGGAACGUAAUACUACCACUGGAAUGGCACGGAAUGCGCUCCUGUGACUCUACGGCACCAGUUGACGUAUCAGACCUUGUUACAUGGACGCUGAACCCCCUUGCUUACUGUAAGCGGACGCGGAC